AUUGAGAAUUUACAGAGCUGUGCAUUAUACAGAUAUAUAGGGGUCUCCUAUAUACACUGCAGCAAUGAGGAAUUUAUACCUGUCCUCCUGCACAUCCUCUAUAGCCAGCUAAUGUGCCACCUGUUUCUGGAUGGAGCAGUCAAACCUCCCCGAGUCCCAAUGUUCUGCAUAGACCUUAUACCCUGUAAGGAUUUAACACUUUGAUGUACAGGAGAGACUCCAUGGAACGAGUUUGAAAGUAAUGAGAUUUAAGUCUUAUUCCCACUUGGGAUUUCUUCCUUGGACGAGCUUCUUGCGAAGGGGUUCUCCUAACCUGGGGCAUUCAGAAUGAGUUCCUAUCAUCCCAGUCUCAAUUAAACCUCAGCUCCCCGGCGGUCCCCUAGAUAGAUAGGGUAUUGUUUUUCAUCCCCUCCAUCGGCUAACACUGAUUACAUAGGAUGCUAGCAAUGCCAGGAGUAGAGGAGCACAGAGGGAAGGUGAUAGGUGCUGUGCUAACUGAGAACACUCCUUAAAAACAGGACAUGCUCAGCUGAAAUACUCAUUUCCCAGAACAGCUUUUGCCAACUGAAGUUCCCUGAGGAGAUUGGACCUGGCCAGGUGACACCAUGGAACUAGAGAAAGAAGUGCAGCCUCUACCUCCACGUUACAGGUUCCGUGACUUGCUGAUGGGCGACUGGCAGCAGGAUGACAGGGUGCAAGUUGAAUUUUAUGUGAACGAAAACUCCUUCAAAGAACGUAUGAAACUGUUUUUUAUAAAAAAUCAGAGGUCAAGUUUGAGAGUCAGAUUGUUUACGUUCUCAUUAAAGUUGUUGAGUUGUCUCCUGUAUAUUAUACGAGUGUUACUAGAUGAUCCACGAGAAGGCAAAGGGAACUGCUGGGAGUGUCCGAAGCAGAAUUACUCUUCACAGCACAGGUUUGAUUGGACACCUAUUAUUUGGGUGAACAGGCCUCUUCCUUUGUGGGGACUGCAGGUUCUAGUUGCGCUAAUUAGCUUUCUGGAAACAAUGCUACUUACCUACCUGGGUUAUAAGGGAAACAUUUGGGAGCAGCUCCUCAGAUUUCCUUUUAUUCUGGAGAUGUUCAAUACACUGCCGUUCUUUGUCACUGUAUUUUGGCCCCCACUGAGAAGUCUGUACAUCCCUGUAUUCCUCAAUUGCUGGCUGGCGAAGCAUGCACUGGAGAAUAUGAUUAAUGACUUGCAUCGAGCUAUACAGAGGACGCACUCUGCCAUGUUCAAUCAAGUUUUCAUCCUGAUUUGUACACUUGUCUGCCUCAUGUUCACCUGUAUCUGUGGUAUUCAGCAUCUGGAGAGAGCUGGCAAUAAUCUCACCCUCUUUGACUCCUUGUAUUUCUGCAUUGUCACAUUCUCCACGGUGGGGUUUGGGGACGUAACUCCCAAGAUCUGGCCGUCACAGCUGCUGGUGGUCAUCAUGAUCUGCGUUGCUCUUAUAGUGCUGCCUAUACAGUUUGAGCAGCUGGUGUUCCUCUGGAUGGAGAGGCAGAAGUCUGGGGGCAAUUACAGCCGCUACCGCGCACAGACAGAGAGACACGUGGUCCUGUGUGUCAGUUUCCUUAAAAUAGAUCUUCUAAUGGAUUUUCUCAAUGAGUUCUACGCCCAUCCUCGGCUGCAGGACCAUUAUGUCGUCCUCCUGUGUCCUACGGAAAUGGAUCUGCCAGUGCGAAGGGUCUUGCAAAUUCCUCUGUGGUCCCAACGUGUCAUCUACCUGCAGGGCUCCGCACUAAAAGAUCAGGAUCUCAUGAGGGCCAAAAUUGAUGACGCAGAAGCCUGUUUUAUUCUCAGCAACCGCUUUGAGACGGACCGCAUCGCAGCUGAUCACCAGACCAUUCUCCGCGCCUGGGCUGUGAAAGACUUUGCACCCAACUGCCCUCUUUAUGUUCAGAUACUUAAACCAGAAAACAAAUUUCAUAUCAAAUUUGCAGAUCAUGUGGUCUGUGAAGAAGAAUUUAAGUAUGCCAUGUUGGCGCUCAACUGUGUUUGCCCAGCGACCUCUACCCUCAUCACGUUGCUGAUACACACCUCUCGUGGCCAAGAUAAUCCCACUUCACCUGACCAGUGGCAGAAAAACUACAGCCGCUGCUCUGCUAAUGAAAUCUACCAUAUACGGCUAAGUGAGAGUAAAUUCUUUGGAGAAUACGAGGGGAAGAGCUUCACAUAUUCCUCCUUCCAUGCUCACAAAAAGUAUGGAGUUUGUUUAAUUGGAGUUUGUCGGGAAGAUAAAGCCAACAUCCUGCUGAAUCCCGGCCCCUCCCAUAUAAUGUCUUCAAGCGACACUUGCUUCUACAUCAACAUAUCGAAGGAGGAAAACUCUGCCUUCAGUUUUAAAGAGAGCGAGAACAUGCAGAGAUUGGGAGACCCAAAAUCUGCUUACCAUGGCUUGACGAGACUCCCAGUCCACAGCAUCAUAGCCAGCAUGGGUACAGUUGCGAUCGAUCUUCAGGGGUCAAGAAGACCAGAGGGUGUUGACGGGAACACGUUAAGCCCGCCGUCUGACUCCCAUAGAAGGAAGCACAGCAUUGAUCCUGUGCCUGACCUCAUUGAUGGUGACACUAGUACAACCUUUGACCUACUAAGUGACCAAUCAGAGGAUGAAACCAGUCAGUCAGAUGAAGAGCUGGGCUCAUUUAAUGACUGGGUAAAGGGUUACCCCUCCAAUACUCCAUAUAUUGGAAGCUCACCCACUCUGUGCCAUCUGCUCCAGCAAAAGAGUCCAUACUGCUGCCUGCGACUUGAUAAGAGCUGCCACCAUUUCCCCUAUGAAGAUGCACGGGCGUACGGCUUCAGAAAUGCACUGGUGAUCGUGUCAGCAGAGCGAGCAGGAAAUGGGCUGUAUAACUUCAUAGUUCCUCUCAGAGCCUACUACAGAGCCAAGAAAGAGCUGAGCCCCAUCAUACUUCUACUGGAGAACCCGCCGGAUCCACAGUUUCUUGAGGCAAUUUGCUGGUUCCCUCUUGUCUAUUACAUGGUGGGAUCCAUUGACAAUCUGGAUGACAUGUUGCGCUGUGGGGUGAGUUAUGCCGCACAUAUGGUUGUCGUUGGGGAAGAGAACUCCAUGAUCGCAGAGGAAGAUUAUAUGGCAGAUGCACGGACCAUUGUCAAUGUACAAACCCUUUUUAGGUUGUUCCCUGGACUCAAUAUCAUUACAGAAUUAACACAUCCAGCAAACAUGAGGUUCAUGCAGUUCAAGGCCAAGGAUAAAUACUCAGUGGUGCUUUCUAAACUGGAGAAGAGGGAGCGUGAGCGGGGGUCUAACCUGGUCUUCAUGUUCAGACUGCCCUUUGCUGCCGGGAAGGUCUUCAGUGUCAGCAUGUUGGAUACUCUUCUAUACCAGUCCUUUGUAAAGGAUUACAUGAUCUCCAUCACCCGCCUCUUACUUGGUCUGGACUCAAUGCCUGGCUCUGGAUUCCUGUGUGCUCUGCGGGUGACAGAAGAGGACCUUUGGAUCCGUUGUUAUGGGCGCCUGUAUCAGAAGCUGUGCUCUACAACUGGGGAUAUACCCAUUGGCAUCUUUCGCACUGAGACACACAUGCUGCCAACAUCAGAGUCACAAGUCUCCAUCAGUGUGGAGGACUAUGAGGACACAAGGGAAGCCCGAUGGGGGGACACGAUCCAAAGCCGUGCUCCACACCGCAACUCGACGUCCAGCGACCAGUCUGAGCACCCCUUGCUGCGUAAGAAGAGCAUGCAGUGGGCUAGAAGGCUAUCUCGUAAAGGGGCAAGGCAGCCUGGGAAAUCUGCUUCUGAACGGAUCAGCCAACAGAGAAUGAGCCUAUACCGGCGAUCAGAGCGACAGGAACUCAACGCUUUAGUGAAGACCAGGAUGAAGCAUCUGGGGCUCUCAACAGCUGAGUAUAUGGACAUAAUGGACACAGAUAAUUCUUUGUCAUAUAUCCUUAUAAACCCCUCUCCGGACACUAAACUGGAACUUAAUGAUGUAAUUUACCUCAUUCGCCCAGAUCCUCUCACCCUUGUUCCCGGUAAUGCCCGGAAGGCCAGUGUCACACGUUCCGAGUGCACCGUGUAUGACACUAAGGACAGCACCCAUCUAUGAUGCCUCAUCACCUUGAGCGUCGAAGAGACCAAGGCCGUGAAUGAGAAGGAGACAAGAACGUAAUCUGAAGGAGCUUUGUUUCAUGCCAGCAGAGGAUUCCGUGUCCAUCUUGAUUCCAUCGACACAUCUCGCCAGGUCGCAAGAAUUAGAGCACAUUGCUUAUCUCUGUGUAUAUCUGUGGCUUGCUUCAGCUCCUUCUGUCCCAUUCUUUGACUUCUCCAGUGUGCAGGGUGUUGUAGGCUCCGCGUUGAUACUGUACAGUCACAUCAGCAGUUUUUCCUGAAGGACAAUCAUGGGGAACGGAUCCAAAGAAUGGAGUUCUGGUUUGUCAGGUCCUAUGGUAUAUAAUGAUUACCCAGUCUUAUACAUGCCAAGUAGUUAAUUCUGUAAACUCAGGUCUAAAAUUGCCCAACCAAAGGUAACCUGUUUUUUUUUUCUUGGAUGAAGCCUAUGGGUAGCUGACGGAGUAUAUUUGAGGACUGAUGGUUUAGCCCAAUAGCUACAUGGGUCUAAUCAGGGUUGGACUGGCCCACUUGGGAAACCCCCGGUGGGCCCUGCUUCGUGGGGGCCCCACCUCCUCCUCUUGGAUCAGGUUCCAGACUGUGCACUUAAAUUUGACUUUAUACAUGUUACCUUAUACUGCACAGGACUAUGGUGUAUUUUCUACAGUGCAUUGCUGUUAUUAAUCUGGUACAUUAUCAUGCACGCACUAGCAGUGUUUACUAUAUAUAUUUAUCAGGUGUCCCAGCCCAUGCACUCUCUCAUGGCUAGGCAAGCCAAUGUAGCUGCCGGUCACACCCCUUCUGGAGACAAUACGCACCCCUAAAUUUGGGCAUCUACCACUGCAUUCCCCAGUGGGCCCUUCAUGCCCCAGUCUGACACUGAGUCUAAUCUCUUAAUCCCUGAUGUGCAGUCAGCGAAGUAAGAGAGUCUGCUGGAAGCACCCACACAUCUCCCAAAGUGCGCAGACCUCCAUACUCAGUGACCAUUGCUGACCAUGUUCUGUCUCUGCACUAUGACAGACUAGGCUCAUACAUUAAUAAACAUUGUGUAGACAUUGUGUAACCCAUGCUAGGAAUGAUCACUGUCAGUAUAGGUGUGGCAGUUCCUAAGCAAUGUAAAGUACUUAAUGUGCUAGUGGUAGAUUUAGUGUCUGUUCUUACACUUUACAUUUGUGAAAGAGAGAAAAAAAAAAUUGCUGUUGCCUUUUAUCUUCUUCUUUUGCAACGGUUUACAAAAAAAAUGUCCCCAAUGUGUUUAAAAGAAGUUCUGCCCUCUUUGUGGUAUUAGAGGGUUGUCUCUAGAAGAUGCUUGUUCAUUGUCCAUAUGUUCAAACCGUAACGUCCCAUGUAGUGGUACUUGUGUUACAUACCCGCUAUGUUUGACAACGGAUCAGGGCAAGGCCAGUUCUAAGCCCUGUGCCUAGCCUUACAGGUACUAUUAAGCCUAAAAUGAGCCGUACCCUGUGCAAUGACCAAGAUGUAAUGUAUGUUGGCCGUUACAGGUGGAUACCACUGUAGUGUGCUUUGUUUUGUUUGUGAGCAGAAAGAAAGACUACAUUUUCCCUAUAGAACAAUAUACAUAUAUUUUUGCAUUUCUGCAAUAAUAAAAUAUUCUUAUAUUUUAAUAGAGUUUAUAGUAUGCGGGCAUCAGCCUUUGCAGCCCUGGAAUGGUUAAUGGGGUGCUUAUCAGCCGUGGAAAAUCUGUAUACGGGGCUGUUGUGUAACUUCUCUGUCCACACAGGCAGGUAACACAUACAUACACACACCCAUUAGGUCAUGUGACUGUGUGAGGGUCACGUGAUGUAGUGUAGGCACUCAGAGGUCCUGGCUCAGGUUCUAGGUAAAGAAUAUAACUGUGUCCUUGUUGCGGUCUUGUGGUGCCAAUUGUUGAUUUGUAUCUUUGUGCCUGUGCCCGUCUAAAGAUGUCGGACUACGUCCAUAGUCUAGGUGCCAUUCUGUGUGUACCUUUGUGCCUGUGCCCAUCUAAAGAUGUCGGACUACGUCCAUAGUCUAGGUGCCAUUCUGUGUGUGCCACCAGGUUGCCAAGUACUGUCUGAAUGUCUGCUGUCGAGCUAUUACACUCUAUGUGGUGUACAGCCCUAGAGGUCUCAUGGUUUCUAUCCCAUGUGCAAAUGUCAGGUCUAUUGGAACCAUUAUGUAGGCAGUCCUAAAAGUUACUGGAAUGUGAUUGUUUCGUCUGCUUGACUGUAGAGGGACAGACAUCCCGGUCAUUAACACUGUGACAAAGGACUGCAAAAUAAAGACUGAUAAACUAAA